AUGAGUUUUUUAAAUGACCUUCUGAAGUGUAGAAGAAAUUUGAAGCCUACUGAAACUCUAAUCACCCAUGUUGACGGACAAUGCCUCAUAGAAUCUAGAAGCACGACCCUACCUGUUAAAAUAGAAAGAAAGCCCUAUGGAUUCAUUGUUGAUAACAAACCCGAUGAUAAGCCAGCCAAAAUAUUAGAUUAUUUAUACUUAGGAUCCCAAGAUUGUUGCUCGAAAGAAGUACUGCAAGCCUACAAUAUAACAAACAUACUAAGCAUUGGAAUUAAGACGCCAAUUGAAGAUCCCGAUAUCAAAUGCCACUAUUUGGAAUGUCUGGACCUACCCGAGACCAACAUCUGGAACAUCAUCAACAGCAGUGUGACAGUGAUCAAAAAUUCAGUGAACAAUUGUGAAUCAAUCUUAGUGCAUUGCAAUGCUGGAAUUAGCCGUUCGGCUUCAGUUGUUAUAGGUUACUUAGUUUUAGAACAUAAUUAUAAUUUCCUCAAUGCAUUUGAACAUGUACGUUCUGCACGCCCUGUAGUUAAUCCCAAUAAUGGGUUCAUGAAACAAUUGAGAGAGUACCAUCUUUAUAUUUAA